GAGGCCAGCAGCAUAAAUAACAUCUGCGUCAACUAGGUUUGUGGCUGGAGCCGCUGUUGCCACUUGCUAUUGAAGCGGCACCGUAUUCAAGGGAGGGGAGGGGGUGUUGUAACGCCGCAAAACAACAGUGUCGUGACGGCCAUUUGCCUUCCAGGAAAAAAAAUCGCAAGGCGAGAGGGCGAAGAGGCGAUCUGUCACAAGCGUCCGCGUGCGUGCGUGCGCGUGCGUGCGUCCGCGUGCCCGUGUGCGUGAACACAUUUCACGCAGGGAAGAGAGAGAGAGAGAGUUCGGUCGGUCGUCUUGUCACGCUGACGACUGGAAAAUGAAAGUUUAAGGGGAGGGGGAGGCCGCUGAGAGAAGACCGUGGCACGGGAGCCGAGGGGGUGGCGUGAGAACGUUCUCCCUCUGGGGAGAGUGGUGGUGGACCCUUUGAGAGAGAGAGAGACAUCACAACAUCAACAACAUCAUCAUCGGCGGCGGCGGCUUGGGUUGUCAGUGGCGCGAGAAGAAAAGUUUAGAAAACCCAACAGGGCCAUGUCGGAGCUGCCCUGCACGUCGGUGCAGAACACGGUGGUGAGCACGUCGGCCUUCCUCACCGAGGAGGAGGAGGAGGAUGACAACGCGCCGCGCAUCUGCGGGGUGUGCGGCGACCGGGCCACGGGCUACCAUUUCAACGCCAUGACCUGCGAGGGAUGCAAGGGCUUCUUUCGGAGGAGCAUGAAGCGCUCAGCCUCCUUCACCUGCCCCUUUGACGGGAGGUGCAGCAUCACCAAGGACAACCGCCGCCACUGCCAAUCGUGCCGGCUCAAACGCUGCAAGGACAUCGGCAUGAUGAAGGAGUUGAUAAUGACGGAGGAAGAGCUCCAGAGGAAAAAGGAGAUGAUCAUGAAGAGAAAGAUGGAGGACUCCUGCAAGGAGAAGUGCCGGCCACAGAUGUCGGAGGAGCAGGAGCAAUUGAUAGCCACCCUCAUCGAGGCUCACCACAAGACCUACGACUCCUCCUACUCGGAUUUCGGGCAGUUCCGGCCCCCUGUGCGGAAGGAUGAGUUCGACUCGAGUGACGACUGUUCCAUGCCGGAGGCUCCCACGGACUGCUCCUUCGGCUCCUCCACGCCAGGAGAGUCGAGCAUGAACUCGGGGAACCUCGGAUUGCUGGCCAGCUUCGAAAACUUCGGCCAGAGUGCCAGCAACAUGACGUCGCCCUUCUCCAUGCUGCCCCAUCUGUCCGACCUGGUCAGCUACAGCAUCCAGAAAGUCAUCGGCUUUGCCAAGAGCAUUCCCGGAUUCAGAGAACUGAACACGGAGGACCAGAUCGUGUUGCUCAAGUCCAGCGUCAUCGAGAUCAUCAUGCUGCGAUCCAACGAGUCCUUCUCCUCGGAGGACAACUCUUGGGUGUGCGGCAGUGAAGAGUUCAAGUACAGCAUCAGCGACGUCACCCAGGCCGGACACAACAUGGAGCUGCUGGAGCCUCUCGUCAAGUUCCAGAUUGGACUCAAGAAGCUGAAUCUGCAUGAGGCAGAACACGUGCUGCUCAUGGCCAUCUGCAUCUUCUCUCCUGACCGGCCGAGCCUGCUGGAGCGCGAGCGCGUGGAGGCGAUCCAGGAGCGGCUGUCGGAGACGCUGCGGGCCUACAUCGUGUGCAACCACCCCCCGCCCAGCAGCCAUCUGCUCUACCCCAAGAUGGUACAGAAGCUGGCCGACCUGCGCAGCCUCAACGAGGAGCACUCGAAGCAGUACCUGGAGAUCUCGCGCGAGGCCGGCGACCCGAGCGACCUCACGCCGCUGCUCCUCGAGGUGUUCGGCUCUCCGCUCUCCUAACGGCGGCGGCGCCGCCGCUCGAGCCUCGGUCGUUUCACGUUUGCAUCUGGAAUUUUUUUGUUUGUUAAUCCUCUAUUUCCCGGAACUUUUGUCGUGGUUGUUUUUGUUGUUGUUUUUGUUAUUGAGUCGACGUUGAGAUGCAACCAGUGUGCGUGCUGGUGCAUUGCAGAUCCUUGAUUUACCUGCAUUUUAUCAAGGUCGCCAACUUAGCCAGUUUUUGUUCCAUCCUGGUGCUGGUUAGAAGUUUUGCAUCGUUGGUCUUUGUUUGUCGUUGGGUCUGGUCGCCGACGUUGUGACACAUCUGGGACACGCGCGUAAAGGAUGUCCUUUUGUUGAGGUCUUCGGCCAGGGCGAUUCCACCCUUUGGCGAGAUGACCCCGGCGGAAAGGGUUCAGGCGUGAGGUCUCAACCGGUUUGGUUUCAAGGUAACGCUGACGUAGCGUCUUCUCCGUCUGGCCCGCCUGACCCUUGCGUACGCGAUCAGGUGCUGGUUCCAGCUGACACGCGUUCUCAUGGUUGUGUCUGUCUUUAUGUCAUUUAUUUUUUUCCCCCCUUCCUCUCCACAUUUUUUACACAUUACCUCAACUACGUACGUAUCUCUCCACAGUGGCUGCUCAAAAAACCGUCCCGCUUUUACGCAAAACCAGUGCCAUAUCAAUCCUCAACGACGUUUUUGGUUAAAAUGUUCACUCUUGUCGAGUUUUUGGAUCGUUAAAUAUUGUAAUUAUUAUGAUGACGACGACGAUGAUGGUGGUGAUGAUUGUAGGAAUGAUAGCGAUGGUAAACUGUUGGGUGUGGACUGUGCAUUGUGAGUAAUAUUCUUAACAGAUUGCAUGACUUGUUAAGUCAGCAGGGUUUUUUUAUCGACAAAGCAAAGACGCUGCAACAGAAAAAUGCGUCUUAACAAAAAUAUAAUUUAUUUUUACAGAUAUUCUUAGAGCUGCUAUGUCUGUAAAAAAAAUAACAUUGCCAUCCGUUUUACACGCAUACUUGUGCUGUUUACGAUUUGCAUUGUUAACUUUUACAAAUAUUUCUCGAAAUGAAACAAAAUGGACCGGAAUACGGAUCGACAGUGCAACGGGACCGCCGGAAUGCGACGAAAGUCGGAGAGAGAGACACCGCUCGCUGUCGACCGUCUGCAAGAGAGGACGGGCUCUAGACAAGACGAGACCUCUCUCAAACAAAAAUCCUAGGAAAUAUGCAAACAUUACCGUAGCGAGUAUGGACGAUGUUCGCACCUACCUGGAUGUGGCACUGCCAACUUGAGUGUGGUGAACAGUGCACUGGUUAUAGUGACCCCAGGCCUUUGCUUGGUUGUCUGUGUGGUGUGGUGCGUGGCAAAUAUACGUUGUGAGCUUGCAUGGCACCUUGGUCUCUCUCUCUCGAUAGAGAGACACAACCUCUUGAUUAAAUAAUUCACAAAAUGAUUGUUUAAACUACCUCUGUGUGAGGUUUCUUUCUUUGUUUUUACUAGAGCACAUUCAGGAGAUAAUAUGAAAAAUGCUUAUUUUCAACACCAGCAGGCAUAGCAGCUUCAACUCUAUUGCUUGUUUCAUGAAUGAGAAAAUUAAACUGCAUAAUGCUGCGGCUGUCAAAAACACACGAAUGAAAUGUCAUUCAUUGCAUGUUAACUUUACUAAUUUUUUUAACCGUUUUUUUUUUCCACAUUCCAAAAUAAUCUGUGACAACCAACGACAAGUUUUGUUGAAACAAUGUUGGUGUUUUUUGACGUGUUUACAUGUCAUAUAUCCACGCUUAUGACAAUUAAGUUUCCCAGGCAUUGCGUGUCUUUGGAAGAAUGUGUAAAUCAAGUAACCCACGUGUUAGCGUGCAAGCUCAUUCCUGACAAUCAAGCUAAAUGUGCGUGUGUCACUGUUUUACUUUCUUGCAAUGUGGAAAUUGAUCAGGCAGUUUGUAGCGGCAAGGCAUUAGCUGCACUAGAGUUGGCUAUUUAUGUCUUAACCCUUUUGACAUCGGAAACAUUGCAAAAGACCAGAGCUGUCCAGAGUUGGAGGGGGCUUCAACAAGGGGGGACAUUGCCCCUUGGUCUCCCACAAAAGAGGGCCCCCCCCCAUGUAAACAAAGAGAGCCUGGCUAUUUUUUGUCGCGAAUGAAUUAACGGCGCCCCCCCCCCCCCCACGGACAUUCUACUCUGGGGCUGUUCAGCCAUCGGGGGCCUUCUCUGCACUCAUCACAGCCCUGGGUGGCGGGGGGAGCGGGGAAAGCGCCCCUCCUCGUUUCCAACAAGCCUCAUUAAAUUGGCCUUGUUUUCUUUUAAUUUACGUUGUGUUUUCAAACGUAUAACCCGGUGCGUGCUUGAAAACAUUUACCCACGUCGUAUAUACCCCCAAACAACCUUAACAUGACCACGUUUUAUUUGUCCCUCACCCGCUGCAACGACGGACGACAGCUGUGGUUAAAAAAACACUACUUGGGCAGUUGCAUGAGCAUUUAAAUACACGUCUAUAUUGUAAAUUAUUUAUGUGAUUUAAAAAAAAAGUGUACAUUAUUUUUUGCAAGUUUUAAAGGCUCUGGGCUCUGAAUUAUCGGUGGUUAACGUUGAUGGGCAUUUAGAUUUUUUUUGUGUUUUUUGUUUUCCUUUUAAUAGUUUUCUGAACUGUAGUGUACUUGCCUUUUUCAAACGGACCCGUUACUCUUGGUAGUGCUUUAGUGGAGUGAACUAUAACAUUGAACUUGCUCGAUUGCUGCGUGCUGUAUUUGAUUAAGCAAACUUCUACCUGGAGCUCUGUCAAGGGUGUGUUGUCGCUCUCUUUGUACUCGGUGUUUCUGGAUGUUGUGACAGGGUUGACAAAACUGAAGGAUGUGGUGUCAUCGUCACUUUGAGAUAUGCGCUGCUUUUAUUGAGGGUUAAAACCGCCCUGUUUUAGAGCAACCUAGUUUUUGGACGGUAAAACGAUCCUGUGUGUUUCUAGGUUGACGAAACGUUGCUGGCGCUAAUAAGAGAUCGCUCGUUUCUCUCGUAUCACGAGCUCCCGACGAAAGCACUUAUUUUUCACGACGAUGAUAUAUAAACGACAGAAUGUGUCACUAAAAGUGGAAUGUUGUUUAUGAUAGAGAAAUUAUUUUAGGAUUAAAGAGAUAUAUAUGCGUGCGACGCGGAUGCGUAUAAACACAAUACAAAUUGUCAUACAUUUUAUAUUUGUACAACUGAUGUCCCCUAUGCACAUACUUUAUUAUUUUUCUGCUGUACCGUAUACUUUACGGCGUUUUAAGUGUUCAACUUUACAGAGAUGGGGAGAAAACAUAUUUUAUGAUAUGCUGGUGGAAAUUUAUGUCAGAGAUGUUGUGUCUGUCACAUUGUUUUUAAGAUGAAUUGGUUUUUACGCAAACAUCGGCGAUGAAAAGAUGUUCAGCAGAAGCUGAUGACGUGUUCUUUAAACUAACAACCUGAUGCGUAUCAAUUUUGCACUACAUUAUUUCCGACAUCACUUUCGAAGUUAAUUACCAUGGUAACAACUAAAUAUGCAUUGUAGGAUGUCUCAGUGGAAAGAUAUAUAUAUAAACCUCUUGGUUGAAAAACAAUGAAUGUCGCAACAGCCAUAUAAAGAAUAUGAUUUGUUUAAUCGGUCAUUUUAAUCGGUCAUUUGCUCUUAAACGCGGUCACCCAUCUCGUGCGCAUGCACUGAGCACGAGAGGCACAGACAGAGCAGGACUUAUUUUUACCCAUCACGCAUUGUGACAGGAGAUGACGAUGGUGAUGGCUUUUGCCGAUGGGUAUAUUUCUUAGGAGAUUUGACAUUUCUAUCCUGAGAAUUGGGGUGUUUGCUUUCGUACAGCAACAACAAAAAAAUAUAAGCAGGAUCUUGCGUUCCAGAAAUGGGUAGAAUAGAAAAAAACCCCGAUUUGGUCAUCUUGGACUUCUUGCCUCUCCCUCCUACUCCUUGUCCCGACCUCUGCCCUUUCUGCAAGCAUCACCUCGCCACGCAUGGCACAGCUCUCCUCCUGCUCCUCAUCAUCCUAGCUUGAUCACUAAAGUUCUCAACAAACCACUCUGCGUGUUAAAUGGGCAUUUCGCACAAAUACACAACGGGAAACAGGUCGGGGCGAUUCGGAGAAAAGGACCCGGGUAAGAGGAGGGUGUCGAUGCCUCCGUCGGGGCGGAACGAUGGAGACUCGAAGGUCCCGUCGUCGAAUUUGGGGUGAGUGGGGAGAGUGUCGUUUGUUUCUCCGCGUCGUUUUGUGUCGCUUUUUGUUGUUGUAAAACCUCGCUAGAUACGACGGCGUUACGUGGAAAGUAACAUUCGUGCACGAGAUCACACGCCUCGUUUAUCCUGCUGUAAUGUUAGAAGAAGAAGAAGAAACCUAAGCCAUUUUAACAAAGAAUGUGUGUAAGCGUGUCCUUGCUUGUAUAUCACGCCGUUUAUAUUGCGAUGUCGUUCCGACGUAGAAUUUGUUUCCGGAGACGCAAUCUCGUGAUGGUUUUGACGAGGCACCAACACUUUUGUCUGCGCACGUGUCAUGCGUUGCACUUGAGAAUAAACAAAGAGCUCUUAUAGAGAGGUGGUUUUGUUGCUGUUGUCUUGGUGCAAGGAGUGGUUGUUGGCGUUACCCGCACGCUGUAACAAGUGUGCUGUUGAAUACAGGGCGAUUCGUUUUUUGGGAACCCCGCUGAUUUAUAAUGGCCCGAUUUCUUCUCAAGCGGUUCUUGAUUUGUGUGAAAGUGCUGGCCUCGAUCUUACACAGGAGCGUAUUUCGUCCAUGGGCCCGAUCAGAGGUCGGUACCGCCUAAUUUGAGCAAAACAUCAGUCGUAUCCAUCUAUAUGGCCACCGCGAGUGUAUUAUUUGAUAACCUCGUGAAUUUCAAGUGGUUAUCACGUAAUCCACUGUUAUUGGCCACCUAAAGAAAUUUGGCCCAUUAAAGGUGGUACAAACCAGUUCAAUAUCUGGGCUGGUUAAAACGAUUUAAUACUUGCCGAGCUAUCUGUGAGAUACAUGCAAAGGUUUGUAUAUUAUUAAAUGUUGCUUUCCCUGCACAGUAAAAUGCUUUCUCCGUUAUUUUGUGACGGGGGGGGGGGGUAAUCCAUCAAUUGAUCACCCCGUCGAAUAAAUAAUCAUCAUGCCCGGAAAUUCACCUUUGCAAAAGCGUUACAAGCAACAAAAACAUUGGGUUCGUGAGUGGACGGAGUCACAGAGGGCGGGAGACGUGAAACGGAGCGGACGCAGCCGCCAAUAAUCGCCAUCUGCGGUCGUUGUGUGCGCCGAUUGCCUUCCGCAUUUGGCCACCGCGUUGUGGGGACGUCGUCUCGCCUUUUGAGAAGCAGCUACUGUGGGCGUUGGGUGGUGGGGGCAGUAAGGGGGCUCCGUGUGCAGGGAGCAAUGCAACCACUCAAGUUCGUGCGAAUCACGAGGCACGCGUUCCCACAGGAACCAUGCAUUUUGUGAAAUCGGGUUACGGGACGGCGGGGACAAAAAAAAACAAUCGGGUUUUGUGUGUCGCAGUUUUGUUUUCUGGAUUUUGAACAAAAACGCGUGAUCGCGCUGGCACAAACCUCUGCAACUGGGCGCUCUUGUGCAUUCUCAAGCUGCGCCCGUAGCGUUGCGCGCGUGGACUGCGAUCUCGGUAACGGUGUAUUAUGAAUGUAUGCGGUAUUACCAAAUGACUAGAGUGACUUCUAGACCUGUGCCGGAGAUGCAACCAGCAUUAAUACAGCAAACUUGUACCCUAUGUAAAAAAUAAACAUUAAAAAACCCAUAUAUAUUUCAAGACUAAAAGCUGUAUAUUUUAUGUGCCAACGUUAUGAAUUUAUACAUAGGAUGCUUGAAUGUUUCAUUGGCUCUUGUCGUAUUUAUACUGCUGUUAAAAUAUGACCCCCACCCCCGCAACGACUCACAAAAACACAUCCUAAAUUUGUGUCGUUCUCGACUGCAGGUCUUCGGAGAAAUGCCUUCGUUUUCUGUCACGCGAUGAGCAACCAACAGGCAUUAUUCACAAUUGUACUCUUAUGCAAUAUCACUCCGUGUGGUGGUGGAUCAACAGUGCCGCACAAGGCCGGCCCUUGGCUUUUGACGUUAGGGUCAGGUACAAAAAAAAAUGUCACGUCCGUUUAGCACUGCGUAAACACUGCACGGGGCGCGUUCGUUAAUGUUUUUGUUGGUUAAAAAUGUGAAUGUGUCUCCUCGCCGCGUCGCGACUGACAGGGUAACCAACAGGUGAUGGCUGAUGUCCAGUGAUCUGUGUACGUGUGUGUGUGUGUGCCAUCGAAUUCUGUUGCUGCUGCUUUUGUAGCUACCGUCCACUGACUGAUCGGUGGACUCUUUGUAAGAGGGUCAUUAAAGGUCCCUUAAAGGGUGUGGGGUUGCGGUAACAGAUGUUGUUGCGCCGUGUUCUCGUUGUGCUAUGCCGGUGCUUGCGUGGAGCCUAGAGGAGUCGCUGCCAGUGCCGUGUUGUUUGGGUGCAAUGCGGGUGUCGCGUGGGUGUCAGUCUGGACAAACCGCCGAGCGAGGGAGCAGUGCUUUGUCACGUAUGCAUGUACCUAUGUUGAACUUCUUUCGAAACCGUACGUAGCCAACCGUGAUACUCGGGAUGUUGCGGAGGAAGUACAACAAACUCAACACGUAAAGCAGUUUUAAAGAAAUGACACCUGCAACAGAUGCUGCGCUCCUCCUGCCCCCCCUCUCUCCCCACUAUGAUUGCACACCGACUCUCGAGCGUGAUGGACAUUGAGAGGCAUGCGCAACGUAUUUAUCUUGUGACAUCGCUGCACUCGAGCCGUUCCACAAAUCCGUCGGCACUUUAAACAAAAAAAACAGCAUUGCGGUUUCGUCGAUCCAAGCAGAUUCCCUCUAUUCACUUGACGUCCCUUUUGGCUAUGACCCUCGGGUGUGUGUUUAGGUGUUGUCACUUGUUUUUCUUUAAAAAGAGCUGUGCGCCCGUUUGUGUUGAACACCUUGAAUUAUUAUUACAGAGAGUAAACACAAUUUCAUAGUUUAACGCUGUGUACGAAUAAAUGUGUAAGAUAAAAUAAUGGUUUUCAGGUGUUCUACACAAUCAGCCCCGCUGUGUUUUAUUGUAUCGUACGAUUGUUAAUUUAUGCAGCAACAUUGCUUUGUGAGCUUUACCCCCAUCAUAUUUUAUCCUAUUAAAAAACAAUUUCUGUCGCUUUUCAUUGAAAAAAUAAAUAGAUGUCCAUCUCGCAGCCCUUUUGCAAAUACUGUAUAUAUACAGACGCACAACACAAGCUGUGCAUAUGCGUGCACAUCCGCACACACCUGUAAUCUUUACAAUAAACAAAAGAAUUAAUCUUCUAAACGUUAAAACGGUAUAUUUGUUGAGCUGAGUGUGCAUACGAUUGUAAAAUGAAUGUGUCGUGAAAUACAGAACAUAAAAACGAAAACUGAAGUCUGUUUCAUCUCAAAUAAUGUCGCGUACAUGCAUAUAUAUGCUGACCUACCACACAAGGCGUUGUGUCCUGUACAUAUGGGUGUAAAAUAAAGGCUAUAUUAGGCA